UUUUCACUCGAUCAAUCUUGAUAACCCAAAUCAUCAAACUGCGUGGAAAUCACUCAGUUAUGCAAGAGAGACGUGACAAGACACCAAUGGCCAGAGCACUGGCUGCUUUCAUCUUUCUUAUCUCAAUGACUGUGGUUGGAACCCUAAAGGUUCCUGACAACAUACCUCUGACCCAAGCUGGACUUGGUAAAACUGUGAAUCUGAUAUGUAAUGUAUCUGGGCAAGAAGAAGCACUGUUUUUCUGGUAUAAGAUGAGUUAUGGAUAUAUGGUCCAAACAGUUGUUUCAGGAAGUUUUGUAGAAUUAAAAGUUCAAAAGUCCUUUCCAGAGUCAAGAUUCCAAGUUAAGAAUGAAGGGUACUUGCAUAUCCUGACCAUCAUUAAUGUCAGUAAAGAGGACGAGGCAAUAUACUUAUGUCAAGCAGGAGCAGCAUACACACUUAAAUUUGUUAAUGGGACAAACUUGGUUGUAAAUGAUUCUCAAAAUAAGAAGUCUGUCUACCUGAACCAAACUUCGGACGUGAAGUCUAUUUCACUUGGUACUGACGUGACUCUGCAGUGUUCACUCCUCUCUGAGAGGACUGAAAAAAAAAGCCUGGACCAGUGCACGGAUGAACACAAUGUGUUCUGGUUUAGAGCAAAAUCAGAAUCUAAUCCAGGAUUCAUCUAUGCUGAUAAAAAGCACUGCAGGAAACAAGAAGAGAGGAGCUGUGAAUACCGGCUGUCCAAAACUGUUAAAAACCCCUUGGAUACUGGGACUUAUUACUGUGCCGUGGUUACAUGUGGCGAGAUCCUGUUUGGAGAAGGAGUCAAAGUGGAGACAAGAAAAGAAUUUUGCCUGUAUGCUAUUGUGCUCUGUGGACUUUUGGCUUGUUCUGUACUUGUCAACCUCGCUUUGAUUUUUACAAGGAAAAAGCCAAAGCAACUUCAUGACAAUCACCAAGGAGAUAUAAUUGCCGCAGCUCAUACUGAACUGGAUGAGGACCAACCAUAUGAUGUGCAGGAAAGUGAAGAGGAUGGGAUGAACUAUGCUGCACUAUAUUUCUCCGCAAGAAAACCUACGAGAUGGAAGAAUAAGAGGGAGACAUCUGACGACUGCACUUAUUCAAACAUUAAAUUCUCCAUUAAAGACAGUGCUCAUCAAAAGGGAUCAUCUUAAAUCAUAUGAUAUAAUGACAAGCGUUUUACUUCUCUAUGGUUGAUGAUGAUUAAAAUAUGAACUUUAAGGGAAAGACCAAAUACUAUAUUUGGUGCAAUGUGGAUGGUAACAACUUCCUUUAACCGUCUUUGUUAUAUAGUUUAGCAUGGUAGAUUUUUUAAUUUUUUAAACUGGAUAUAUGUUAUUAUACGUUUUAUUCCAAUUGAUUGUAGAAUAAAAUUCCCUAAUUCCCUGAUUAUAAGUUGUAUAGCUGCACAGUUUGCCCUUUUACAGA